CACUUCCCACUUUUUUUUCUUCAUACUCAAAAUGUUAUAGCGAGAAUGAAGUUUAAUAAGCUUCUCAGGAUGGAAUCAGUGAAGUCCUUCCUGUCCUACCUGUGGGAUGUUUAUUCUUCACCCAAACCAGUGGGCAGACACAUCUGGACCCUGAUGUCUCUUUGUUUCACUCUGGUUGUUGUUACGGGCAGUCUGCUUCACCACUGGCUAUCCCAAACGCUGCGGUAUGGCCACGACUCAUCCACUCAAACAGCACUGGUCUACAGCAUAGCCAUGUUCUUGGUCUUGUUCCUGUGUCACCCACUGCGUUGUGUGCUAACCAUGACCCUGCCGACCGUCUGCACCAAGCAGGGCCGCAAACUCCUCCUCUCAGCCUCUGUCAUGAUUCUGGUGUUGAACGUCAUCCCGAACAUUACAGUGAACGUGGGGGCAGUCGUGCGCACCCUGCAGUGCACCGCUGAGGAUUUUUCAAAGGCUUUAUUGAACUCAUCUGAGCUUUUAAACACAGCGAGGAAGGACAUUGUGAAGGAAGCUAUCAAAGUGAGGAAGGAGGACCUGAGUAUUGUCACCAAUUUAAGGAAGUUAGAUCAUUUCACACAUUUAGAUGUGUCAGAAGUGAAAAACAGGUUUGCUAAAAUGAUCGGGCAAAUAGAAAUUGACUUUUCACAUAUUAGGAACCUGCUAACAGAUUUCAAACUGCUGUCUAACCGAAUUCUGGCAGCCAUCUUUGUUGCCUUGCUGAUCUUUGAAUCUGCUCGCUACCUUAAAUCGUAUCUGACAUCAGUUAAGUUUGAUAACAGCUUCCAACAGCUCCUUCGAAAUGAACGUCACAGCACCACCAAACCGUACCCUACUUUGGUCGCAGGGUGCAAAAUAUUCAGUCGGGGAUGCACCUCAAGUGUCGUCUCACUGCUGGUGGUGACUUUAUAUUUCACUGCAAUAGCUUUAAUAGCAGCUUUGGACUAUAUUGUGUAUCAUGUAGUUCACUUGAUUCUGCCAUGGCUGCUGGACUUUCCCCCCAUGACUGCCAGCAUCACCAUCAGUUAUAAGGUACAGUGGUUCCCCCCUGCAUUUUGCAUCAUCCCACAAUCCUGCAUCACACGACAGCUGACUGACUUUCGGAAAGUGUACAAGUGGAACUUCAGCCCCGAACAGUCGCUGUGUGACGCCACAACUUCAGCACCAAACGCAGGUGUGACCACGCUGCUGGGAUGCCUGUGGCUGAUGAGUUACUUGCUGGUGUUCGCUGAGGUGUACGCCACACGGCUACGCAGAAAAAUCACUGCAUCUUUUUUUAAAAAGCAAGAAGAGAGGAGAGUGGCCUAUCGGAUCGCAAAAGUACAAGAAAAGCAGGUUAGGAAGACGCAGAAGGAGGCUGUUUCUGUUGAGGUUGUCUGCAGAUGAAACUCACAGGGCUGCCUUUUGUCUCGUUCCUCCAUUUUGGUUCCUCAUGAAAUACCGAAGGAACCAUUACAAUUUGUGAAGAUCUACUGUAUAGAGUAGCACAGCAGACAGUAGUACAGUGAUGUGUGGUCAGGGGGGGCAGUUGAGGCAGAGCCUCACU